UAUUUUACUCCCGAAUUACCUACUCUUAACAACUACAUCUAUCAACUACACAUAUCCAGACUAACAGUCUAAUUGUGAUUUCUCAACAACAUUUGACUUUCGACUCUCUUGUCAUACUCAUACCGAACUUUACUCAUCCUACUCAUCCUAGUGAUCCUCCUCAUCCUACUCACCCUACUCACCCUACUCACCAUACACAGCAGAUCUUGCGUUAUUUGCAAACAAAAUGGUAUGUGAAAAGGUGCGCAAGUACUUGAGUUUUUCAAAAUACUGAUCGCUUCUCCCAUCAAUAGUCGUACUCGGGUUUUUACGAAGGGGACGAUCCAGCUGCGAUGUAUCAAAUGUUACAGCAGCGGGGAAUGCGAGGACCUCCGAAACGUUUCGAUGAAUACUAUCGAUGUUAUCCAACUGUCAUGAUACCAGGCCCAGAGCGAGAGAAUCUCAAUUAUGGAGGGAAGAUCAUCAUGCCACCAUCUGCUCUAGAGAAACUCACUCGAUUGCACAUUACCUAUCCCAUGCUCUUUGAGCUCAUUAAUAGUCAACAUCCUGACGGACCGAAAUUAACACAUGCUGGUGUAUUGGAGUUUAUCGCGGAUGAAGGGAAAGUCUACCUGCCGCACUGGGUACGCUUUUUUUUUUGGCUUACCAAGUAGUUUAAUUUCCAACUAACAACCCAACUCCAGAUGAUGCAAACUCUCGGACUUGAGACUGGAGAUCUCUUUCAAAUCAAAUCGACCGACCUCCCUCCUGCAUCGCUUAUCAAACUUCAACCACAAUCUGUUAAUUUCCUCGAUAUCUCCAACCCUAAAGCCGUACUCGAAAAAGCCUUUCGCGAUUUUUCUACACUUACUAAGGGCGAUAUCUUUAGCUUCUACUAUAAUGAUACUGUCUACGAUGUUGCUGUGCUGGAAGUCAAACCAGUCACUGAUAAGAUGGGGGUCAGUAUGCUCGAAACAGAUGUUUCCGUCGACUUUGCAGCUCCGUUAGGCUAUGUCGAGCCAACACCGAUGAGAGCCAGUAGCAGCGGAACGAGCACCCCGAGAAGUGUCAUGGGCGGCUUACCUGCAGGUGGCAUGCUCCAUAGUCAAGGAACCAUGGCACAAGCCAUCAACUACGAUGCCAUUGCGCCGACCUCUAAUUCUGUCGCACAAGGUGCAAAAGCCGCCUCGUCCAAUUUUGUAUCCGGAGGUCACAAACUAAAUGCGAAGAAGGGCGCAAAAACGCCUACACCCACUGCCUCAACUCCUGUUGCUGGAGUUAGCACGAAUACACAAGCUGUAUCAGCUCGAAAAACAAAUGGUCCUCAGCCGCUUCGAUUGCCACCGAAUAAACUCUUCUUUGGUUACGAAGUCAAGCCAGUCAAAACGCAAGCAGAUAAGGACAAAGAGAAUGCAGAUGCUAGACAGCCCCAUUUUUCGGGACAAGGACAGGCAUUGAAGUCUGGCAAGAAGGUCGAGGCGAAGAAGGAACCUGCUCCAGAAUCUCACGCCAAAGGCGAUAGUGUUGGACGGCGGUUAGAUGGGCAAGGUGCCAAGAAGUAGUGUGAUUGGACUAGAUGGCUCAUGAUGUGUACGAUGGCGUUCGGAGGUGGGCAACGUCCCUGGCGUUUGUUGGUUUGGCGAAUACGGGUGCGUGGGAAAUAGAACUUCUCAUGCUGUAAAUCCAUGCAGUAAAAGAAACUUGAAUACUGAAACUGCCGGUAAAUUAUGGAAAUCCGUGAAACGAUCUUUCAUGUGGUCAACAAGUACUGGAGGUUCUUUUAAGUGACCAGCAUUAGCCAAGGCUAUCUGGGGAAGAUUUCCCGUUCCCUAUGCCAUAGCUAUGCUUUUUGCCUCAAAUAAAUCACUACCUUCUUCUUCUCCCAUACCUAGAAUCAUUUGGAGGCUUCUAUGGUGGACACAAGACAUGUCUGGGGUGUUAUUAUUGCCUAGCGGCUUUCAAUUAUGUAUUCAAUUUCACUGUUAGACGUAAAAUCGAUGGUGUAAGUCAUCUGUCUCUUCCUUCCUCAUUUAAGGAGACAGUCAUUUGCAAGUCGCCUACGCUCCUUCUACAAGCACUUCAACGUAAGCAAAUGCUAAAUCUCUUCUUGGUCUUCUUCUUUGGC